GAGCGGACCGCGGGGCUGAGGCAGCUCGACACCGAGUGGACACCGGGCCCCGUCGAUUCCCAGGACGUGGUGGCGAUGCCGUGGCGGUGGAAAAGGCAGUCUACCAUGGUCGUCGGCAUGCACCCCACAUCGUCGAUCGGUAUUCGAGGAGAGAGCCAGUCCAAGAUGGCGAUGCUGGCGGCGAUCGCAAGGGGCCACAGCGGGCCCUGGGCUGCGAUCGGUGGCUGGAACGCGGUGACGACGCCAGAGGGCGUCUCGGACGCGUGGACGCGCAACCCUGCCAGGAUACUGGACUACGUGGUGUGCUCGGGGUUCUUCCUCCUGGCCCUGGACAAGGUCAACGCGGGCCCAGGGACCACUGCGGGGUUCAGCUACACCUACGCGGAGACGCAGAGGUCGCAGGUCGCACUGCAGCGGUGCCUCCUACUCCCACAGCCGUUCCAGUUGCCCGAUAUGCCGAAGCGGAAGGCAGACCCCAACAGCAAGCGCUCCAGGAAGAAGGCGCAGGAGCAGCAUAACAGCGAUUUCAGCGAAGGUCCACGACGAGAUGACCUCUUCGGCGAGUGCGAGCCGAGCGUCGAGGACGGCGAAGUCGGCCACUACGGGGCUGACGAGGAGGACGUCGACCCGAAGCGCACAGCGGAGGAGGUCUUCGACUUAGAGGGGGGUAAGCAGAACGAGCUCUGGCAACUCAAGCUGGACAGGGCCCAGGCGGAGGACCGCAAGGCGUGGCGCACGCCACCCUCUCACGCGACGGCGACGGCAGCGUACCUAUUCGACCCCUACGGCAAGAACGAGAUGGGGGCGCAGUGCGGGGCCUGGGUGCACGCGGUGGAACAGUACUACUGCGCGACGCUCAAGAUCGAAGCUGCUGAGAGGCGCAACUUCAGCGGCAGGGCAGAUGAGAUGCGCUUCAAGGUCGGCAAGGCGCGCUUAGGGUACAACGUGAGCUCGGACUUGGACCAGUCCGUCAGGUGCGAGGGCCGAGGCAUGCGCGCAGCGCGCUUGCGGACGCUGUGCAAGGACAUGAGCGCCACGAUCCCCAGCGGCGGCAUCGUGAAGAUGACGAGCAAGCAGAGGAGGAGGUGGCGCGAGGCUCUCAACAGCGUCGAGGCUAUGAGUGAGGGGCAGAUCAGCAGCUUCGGUCAGCGAAGCCUUGCUGGCUACACCAACUGGGAGCAGGAGCAGGAGGCGGCUGGCUGCGGCAAGCUCCACAAGACGACGAAGGACAAGCCGCGCUGCGACAACGAGGUGCGCAGCAACGGGAGCACGGCCUCGAGCAUGAUCGACUACAUGGACGCGAAGGGCGCGCAGUGGAGCAGGAAGUGGAAGAGCAGCUUCAGUCGGGAGGAGGACUGGGCGCCCAUCACCAUCGAGAGCCUCAACAACGCCAUCGACACCAUGGCCAAGAGCAAGGACGCUGGAGGUGACAGGGCGAUCGGCCUGCUCCCAGAGGUGGUCAAGCUGUGGUCGAAGAUGCGCAGCGAGUACACCCACGAGUGCGUCACCAGCAUGGCGGGCAAGUGGGGCGCGGCGACCGCGGGCAACAGCGCUCUCAGGGAGGCUCUGCUUCGCUCUUUCGCCGACGCGGUCCCAGAGCGGCCGCCGACGAAGGUCUGCACGGUGACGGCCCUGUGGGACAGGGCGGAGUUCUGCGACACGCGGGAGCCCGUCCCAGUUCUGGACGAGGGGCUCGGGCGUGGCAUGCCAGCCCGCACUGUGCGCCUGGAGAUGCCGAGCCGCUCGGGCGCGCGCUUCAUCGGGGAGAGGACGGCGUGCGCGGAGCCGACCGCACCCAACAGGUCGGCCUGCGCAGACGCGAGGAGAGGCAUCGACUUCGGCAGGGUGGCCCUCCACGCGGUGCUGGAGAAGGUCAGCGCCAAAGUCCAGCAGAUGUACGUGCGCUCGUGGGUGGACGACGUCGCCACCAGGAUGGAGGGCUCGAGGAAGCAG